AUGGCUAAGAAAACGAAGCGCGCUGUGGCUGACUUGGUGAAUCAUAUUGAAGAUAUUUUCGAAAGGAAUGCUCUAGAGGGCCAAGAGGAGUUCAGCGGCAUCGUUGACAAGCUUGGGUCAUAUCCAAGUGCCAUCUCAGAGGAGGAGCAGAACCAAUUGAAAAUCAAGCCCUCAAAGGAGUUCAAAGCAAUCACCCGUUUGCUGAAGACAGAAACAUUUGUAGAAGCCCUGUUGGGUAACCUGGACAACGCCACCAGCAACCACCAGCUGGAGGCUCACCUGCGGUGUGUUACGAAGCUUAGCAGCGUUUUCAACUUUGCAGAGCAGCUAGGCCGCUCCGAGAGUGCGCCCUGCCUUCUGCGGUUGGCCGACCGACUGAUCGCGCAGACGCCAUGCCCUCCCGAAGAGCAAGAGUCCGCCCGAAACGUCGAGUUUUACUUCGCCUUCGUCACGAGUAACCUGCUCAAGGCCAGCCUGGACUUCCGCGAGUCCGGGUGCAUCCCGGACCUCGUCCACCAGUUUCAAGCAGUUUUCCGCCGGAAGUGGGAAUUGGAGUGGCCCGGUGUCACAGGCGUCCACCAGCUCUCGAGCGUCGCCUUCAGCAUCCAGCAAGUCGUGUUCGCUCUGCAAGCAUUCGCGGAGUCCGUUCUGCAAAGCGUGGCGCAGGCGGUGACCGGGGAGUGGAUCGCCGACCUGUUUUGCUUCAUUGACCAGACGUGGGACAGACUUCUCCGCGAAGCAAUGCCGCCAGACGUCGGUCCCGUCACGCUCGAGACUCUGGUUGACAGCUGCGGGCGGCUGCUUGUUGUCCUUGUCGACGGAGACUUCAAGGAACUUCCAGGGGUCCAAACGAGGCUGGAGCACUUUGCUCGUGUGGUGAACCUGAAGCUGAUUCCUCGUUUGAAAUCAGACAUAGUCGUCAGCCCCCAUAUCCUGCCACGCGUGGGCCAUAGAGUCGCAUUCUUGCUCGGUGCUUUGAAAAGCCUUUCUCUCGAGAAGGGCGACGAAACGGAGGGGGAAAGAAGCUCGCCAGGCGCUGGCAACACGGUGGACUUUUCUGAGGCGAUCGCGCUUGUCCAAAGUGGAAAUUGGCAACAGGCGGGAUCCCUCCUCAAUUCCACCGCAAGAAGGUUGGAAGAGCAUGGCACGCGCGCACGAGCGGAGGCGCUGGUGGCCAAAGGCUUCGUGGAAAGCGUUUUCAAGAUUUUGGCGCUGGCUUUGCCCGAAGAGAGCGUCGAUCGAACGGCCAUCGCGGCGACAGAAGGACGGUCCCAGAAGUCUGCGUUCAUCUUAGGCGGGGUCAACCUUCUUGUGGCCGUGCUUCCAGAGCUGGACGAGACGAAACCGUCUUCGCGAAAGCUGUUCCUCACGACAGGGGUGCGGCUUCUGCAGUGGUGCGAGGACCUGCUUUCGCGCGAGGGAUCCCUGGACGAAGACGCGAUGAACCGCGUGCUGGGCCUGCUGACGCAAAUGGAGAUCGCACGUCGGCGGGAGCUCUCGGAGCGGAUGCAGAUCCUGUACGUCGAUCUGGCCAUCUCCGCGAUCAAGCUGUAUCCCUUCACGGCCACGUCGCACAUCGGCUGGGCGACGCUAAAGAACCUCAAAACCUUCACGCUCAAGUUCGGCGAGAGAAGCCCAGGGCGGGGAGCUGCAGAGCGCACCGACGUCAAUGCAGAGGAGUACCUGUGGCGGCCGAGCAGCGAGGAGGAUCCCUCCGACGCCGGCGCCUACAACAGCCGGGCUAUGUGGAACAUGAGCGGGGUGUUCAACAAGGAGCGCCGCCUGCUGAGCCGCCUCGCGCUGGAGCACUUGCGCCACGCGGUGCGUUCCGAGACGAGCUUCUUCGGCGUCGCGGCGGCGAUUCUGUCCGUCCUGCACGCGUGCUGCCGCGACCGGCUGGUGGUCCAGUGCGCGGUACUGCCGCGCAUCGAAACUAUCGUGCACUCCCUCCACCUGGUGCACGGCAGCCUCGUGGCCGUCUUUGGGCCGCUCUGCGCGGACGACCCGCCUCGGGAGCCCGGGCGCGACGAGGCCGCGACGUUGGAUAUGAUGUGCGAGUUGGAGGUUGCGCAUGAUGACCUGACGGAACUGAUCGCCACGAUCUUGGACGCCUUGAAAAACCUGCCGGGACCAAUGGUUAUCGUGCGCGAUGGCACGCUGCUGGAGGCCGCGUGCGCGGGGGCCGCGGCCGCGUGCGCGGGGGUGCUGCGGGACCUGCGCGCUUUGCAGAGAGUCGCGCCGUUCGAAGCGGCCGAGGAGACAUGGGUCCAGCUGGAGGGCGCUCAAAUUUGGUCUGGAGGUGUGCCAUAA